AUGCACUCCUCAACGAGCACCCGCGCACUCCGCGCAUUCGCGCGCGCCCAGCGCAUUCUUCCUCGAGCCGCCCCUCGAGCCUCUCAGCUGCCGUUCCAAUCGUCGACAGCUCCUACGCAGCUCGGCUGCCUCCGCAAUCAAUUCCACACCUCCUCCUUGAGGUCAAGAGAAAAACCCAAGGACUACCAAGGCGCGACCGACUUUGGCGAGAUGGACGUCCUGGGCAACACGCCGAUCCCCUCGACCUCAAUCGACGCCUGCGUCCCGGACGGUUUCCACCUGAACAGCGGCGUCAAGAUCAUGGACGGCGACGCGGCGCUGCUCAUCGGAGGCGAGGCGUUCGCGUGGCGGCCGUGGGAGGCGAAGGGGUCCAAGAAGCUGAUCAAUGCCAAGGGCCAGUUCGAGCUGCCGGCGGAAGCAUUCGGGCUGCUGGGGCUGGUCUGGCCAAGACCUGAUCUCCUCAUCAUCGGUGUCGGCCCCAAGAUUGUACCACUCAGCCCGGCGACGAGGAAGCAUCUAAGCUCGCUCGGCAUCCGCGUCGAGAUUCUGGAUACGAGGAACGCUGCCUCGCAGUUCAACCUGCUUGCUACGGAGCGAGGUGUGGACGAUGUCGCGGGUGCCCUGAUUCCUAUCGGGUGGGUUGAUGGCAAGGGAGCUAUGUGA